UUUGGCUGGGGCGCACCGGCCCCCUGGGCGGGCCGGCGGCGGGGCGCGCAGGCGCAGGGCGGCGCUGGCGGCGGCGGCGGCAUGGGGCGGGCGGCCGUGACUCUAUGGGCGCUGGCGGCGGCCGCCGUGUGGCGGCCGGUGCCCGCGGCGGCGGGCGACCCGGCAGAUACCAAAUGGAAAACAAUAACUGACCAAAUUAACAAAGCUGUGGCAGUUUAUAAGCCAUGUGUAAAGGAGAAUUGCAGCUGCCACCAAAGCGUCUGGAAGCAGGACCUGGCUCCUUUUCGAGGUGGCAUUUCCAGGGAAAUAAUAUUAGAUGUGGUGAGCCGGAAGCUUGGAACGCACUACCAAAUCAUUAAGAAAAAGUUAUAUCGUGAGCAUGACUGCAUGUUCCCUGCAAGAUGCAGUGGAGUUGAGCAUUUCCUUCUGGGGAUCAUCAACCGCCUCCCAGACAUGGAGAUGGUGAUCAAUGUGCGAGACUACCCCCAAGUCCCCAAAUGGAUGAAGCCUAUUAUCCCAGUCUUCUCCUUCAGUAAGACACCUGAGUACAAUGAUAUCAUGUAUCCCGCCUGGACAUUUUGGGAAGGAGGACCAGCUGUUUGGCCAAUUUACCCAACAGGUUUAGGGCGCUGGGACCUCAUGAGAGAGGACCUCAGAAGAUCUGCAGAAAAAUGGCCAUGGAUGAAAAAAAUCUCCAAAGGAUAUUUCCGAGGAUCCAGAACGAGCCCUGAGAGAGAUCCUCUCAUUCUGCUGUCCCGAGAAAACCCAGAACUCGUGGAUGCUAAGUACACUAAAAACCAGGCCUGGAAGUCUGAAAAGGACACCCUAGGGAAACCUCCUGCAAAGGAAAUUCCACUGGUUGAUCACUGCAAAUACAAGUACCUGUUUAAUUUCCGGGGAGUGGCUGCCAGUUUCCGGUUCAAACAUCUUUUCUUGUGUGGUUCACUUGUCUUUCACGUUGGAGAAGAGUGGUUCGAGUUCUUCUACCCCCAGCUGAAGCCUUGGGUCCACUACAUUCCAGUCAAAUCAGACCUCUCUGAUGUCAGGGAGCUGUUGCAGUUUGUAAAGGAAAACGAUGCUAUAGCACAAGAAAUUUCAGAGAGGGGACGCCAGUUCAUCAGUGAGCACUUGCAGAUGGAGGAUGUCUCUUGCUACUGGGAGCAUCUGCUGUCUGAGUAUUCCCAAGCAUUGACUUACAAAGUGAAAAGGAAGAACAACUACAAUGAGAUCACUUCUGAACGGCUGAAAACAGAACUGUAGAGACUUCUGUGGUUUUCUUAACAGCUCAAACUGAUCUCUGUGGAAAUCUGAAUACCAGUGUACCUUCUUUCUUGUUCUCUUAGGUUUAUUAUUCUUUACAGUAAAACUACAGAGAACAACAAUAGGUCAACUUUAAAAUUCUUCCCAUACAGUGGGACCCACUUAAACUGUUGCCAUAAGAACAUUACGUAGAUUGUUGGAUAAUGGGUAUUUAAUGGAGUAGUUAUACUGGUGCCUGGAAUAGGGUUGUAAGCGUUUGGGACUUUCUUACUACCUGUCUCUGUCUCAGAAUAAUCCUAAAUCCCGUCUAGUCAAUGAGGGACCAUUCUGUUAAUUUUACUGGACUUUUUAUGAAGUCCUUUGUAAUUGUGGACAAGGCACAGAAACUGAGAGCCCUGCUCAACUGGGAGAUACAUACCCAUUUUUGGCAGAUUGGCUGUGUUUUCUCACCUGUGUGAUGGCUCUUGGGAUAUUAGGUGUUCCCUGACAGAAGCAGCGACUGGGUUUUGGGGCAGCCUUUUUAGAUAGCUUAAGACUUAGGUUUCUUUUCUGAAGUUUAUAUCCAGUUUCUAAAGCAAGUCUGUAAUGGGCUGUUAAAAGGACAAAUUCUCCUUGCACACAUAAAUUACCUACCUCAUAGGGGAGGCAGUGGUAAUGAUGAUUUUGCCACAGUGCUAAAUCUGAGUAGUAGACAGUCAAGCAGUUGGCAACUGACAUAAAAACAGUCCAUCCUCUGACAGGUGAGCUUAUUUGGAUGCACGGACAGCUAUGUAAAACUGAGCCCCUGUUAACAAGCUCUCACCAGUCCACUAGCCAGAUGUCCUGGGACCCUUGGGAACCUAGGGAAAGUAUUUGAAGGGAUAUAUUCACCUCUUCUUUGUUCCAGAUGUCCACAGAGUCUCUGUUCUGAUCCCCUUCUAUAAUCUUUUGUAGUUCUUUUUUUGCGGCUCGCAGCUCCACUGCUCAGUUCAGCAUUUGCUUUUCUUUCCCCCAGCCGUUACAUUCUUUUUCUUAUCUCCUUCACUCUGGUUUAGAAAUGUCUUCAGUCACAAAAUGGCAGCUACUCCUCACAUUAUUCAUUUUGAGUUCAGUCACAGUCUGAUUUAUUUAGCUGUUAACUGAUUUAUUAAUUAAAAUUAACUGAUUUAUACCAACCAGAGGCUGCUCAGCCCAUAGUGAAUGGAGUUUCUAAAAUGCUUUGUGGUCCCUGAGUUGAGAGGGGCCUGGUCAGAAGCAGCAUGUUCUCUGGCACUCAGAGAGAUUCAGUUCCUCCUGCUUACAGUUUGCUCAGUAACCUCAAGUUUUCCAGUGGAAAAGAGCUAGACAUUGUGCUGCUUCCUAACCUGGCUGUCUAGGCCCGUUUAGCCCGUUAGCCAUUUGCCCAUAUGCUUUGGGAUCACCACUCCUUCUAUGCCACGGAUUGUCUGCAUCAGCAGGAUCAGAGUGGCCAGUGUCCUAAGCAUGUCCUUUGGGUAGGAACAGUGACCUGUCAGUUGGGCACAGUUCUUUGCAGUCCUGAUACAUGGCUCCCUGAGCCUUCAGAGGCCUGACUGCAGAGAAGCAACUGCUAAGACUAGCCUGAAACAGAACGGUGUAAGCAGCAGUGUGGGAUCCCAUGAGGCCUCUGCUUCCCAGGUGGGCACCCUUGCUAAUGAAGUGGCCUCAUGUCUUAGGAAGCUGCGCAUUAAUGGAAGAGUGCUAGCUCUCCAAUGGAAUGGAGAAUGCUAGCAACAGCUCAAAAUCUUCUCUGAUCCAAACUGACUAUGGAGAAGAAAAUGCUCCAAAGAACAGUAAUGCUCAGUAAACAUAUAUAUGCAUGCACUCACACAGAGGCCUUAGCAGCACUGCCAAGCUCUGGUACAGGGAAAUAACUGUCAGACGUAUCAGUCAAACCCCAGUUGCUGGAGCAACAUACCAGUUUCAGGACCACUGGCUGGGUUAUCCCAGUGUACAAAGAAAACAAAUUAGGGUAUUAAAACAGUUUGGUUUCUGAGGAAAAGAACUGUGUAAGAGUGGAAGGGGUUUUCUGGUUUUGCAUGUUUAGUCAACAAGGAGAGAGCAAUCUGAGAAAUUGAAACAACUAUGUAUAAUGUUUUAAACCAUUUUUAAUGAAGUGCUUUUGGAUUAAAAACAGAAAAGUUUGUUGCAUACCUCAUUUUUUAGUCUGAAGAAUAAUUAUAUUGUAAUAAAAGAUCUGGACAACCACCA